AUGGAGAAAACUAUUUAUGUUGAAAGCUUCGUUGUGGUUAAGGAGGGCUUUUGGUACCAUCAUGCAGAGCCAAAUUAUUUAAUGCUGGUUUACUGGAUUCCUGAAAGUAUUUCUACAAUUCCUGCAAAUGCUACACAUCGCGUAGGAGUUGGUGCUAUUGUCUUAACAGAGAACAGAGAGGUUUUCAAUGAUCUUACUACAUUUCUGUAUGAUCUGUUUGAUACUGGCUUUUACAUGGAUUCUAGUUGGAUAGAUUUACCAAAAGGCCAUCCCGCUUAUUAUAAUGGUUGCAUGAAAUUCUUAGAGCUUGCUAAAGAGACUCUUGUUGAAGGAAAAACUCGAUGCCCAUGUAAUAAUUGCAAGUUAAACAAAUGGUUUAAGUUGGAAAAAGUAGGAGGCCAUAUUUUAUUGUACGGUUUUUAUAAGAACUACAAAAAUUGGAUUUUUCAUUGUAGUCAUCAAGUGGGUAACAACUUAGGGCUCCAUAGUGAUCAAGCAAAGGGAGUAGGUCGAGAUGAUAUUGAUGGGUUACUAAAUGCAGCUUUUGGGGUUGGUAGUCCACAAUCCACUAACGAACCCCCGUUAUUAAAUGAGUUAGAUUCUGAUGACGAAGAUAUAAAUGAGAUGCAUGAAGAGGUAAAUUUUCAAUUCGAGGUAGAUAAUGAAUAUGUAUCAAUUAACACCGACGCAGAAGAGACAAAGUACAAUAGACUCAAGGAAGCUUCUAAAGAGAGUCUAUAUGAGGGGUGUACUACUUUUUCAAAGCUAUCGUUUCUAUUGCACUUAUUUCACCUUAAGUGUAUGUUCCACUGGUCUACUGAGUCUUUUAAUAAAUUGCUUGAACUUCUAUUAGACGCAUUUCCUUAUAUUAUGGAGUUCCCAUCGUCCUAUUACGAAAGCAUGAAGAUAAUUAAAGAUUUGGGUUUAGGUUAUGAGAAAAUCCAUGCAUGUCCAAAUGAUUGCAUGUUAUAUUGGGGGGAUUUUGCAGACAAAAGUGAGUGUCAUAUUUGCCACACACCAAGAUGGCAAAAUGUGAAAGGCAAGCAAGGUGAUACAAGUGAGAAAGGUAAAGAAACAUGUAUGAAGGGGGUGCCAGCUAAAGUAAUGCGGUAUUUUCCUCUCAUCCCUAGACUAAAGAGGCUUUACAUGUCAUCUAAUACUGCAAGAGACAUGAGAUGGCAUUUUGACCGCAAGGACGAUAAAAUUAUCACCCACCCGGCAGAUGGAGAGGCUUGGAAAAAAUUUGAUGAUAGAUAUGAGGAAUUUGCUAAAGAUCCUCGUAGUGUUAGAUUGGGUCUAGCAAGUGAUGGUUUUAAUCCAUAUCGUCUUAUGAACACUAAUUACAGUACAUGGCCAGUGAUUCUGAUUCCUUAUAAUUUGCCUCCUUGGCUUUGUAUGAAGUCAUCAUCAUUUAUUUUGUCCUUGAUUAUUCCUGGAAAAUAUGGUCCCGGUAUCGAUAUUGAUGUUUAUUUGCAACCACUAAUGCAUGAGUUAAAAUUGUUGUGGGAAGGUGUAGAUGCCUUUGAUGUUUAUAGUGGAAAAAACUUUAAACUACGAGCAUCCUUACAUUCCACUAUAAAUGACUUUCCUGCAUAUGCUAUGUUGUCGGGUUGGAGUACAAAAGGUUAUAAAGCUUGCCCUACUUGUGCCAAUUCUACUUGUUCAUAUUAUUUUGGUGGUAAAAUUGUCUACCCCGGUUCUCGAAAAUGGUUACCGAUUGAUCAUCCUUACCGUUCUCAAGCUAAUUUAUUUGAUGGGAAGAGGAAUAUGGCCUUGCUCCGGUUCAUGCUAGUGGGACAGAAAUUUUGA